CCAGACACAGCAGGAGCGCUCAGUGGCGGUGCAGUUUCCACUUCGCCUUCUCAGCCGCCCGCACACCGCCUCUCCCUCGAGCAGCAGGAACGGCAGCAGCUCCUGGCCGCCGCAGCCGGGCUCCCAGCUCCUGCCCGCUCGCCGCCUUCAGUACCUCCCCCUCGUCAGCACUCUGCCCGCAGGUCUUUCCUUCUGCCAGCCGCUUUGAACUCUCAGGAUCUUUUUUCUCUGCUUGCCAAUCUCUUCUUCCCCCACGCCACAUUUCUCAACUCCUCUCCCUUUAUCCUUAGCCACCUUCCUCGUUUCUCCUUUUUAUUGGGGAUUUCGUCUUGACUUCAGACGACUUGUUUUCCUUACGCUCGUCCACUUCAGCCCUGAAGACUGAAGAGGAACCUUUACCUUUUCCUUCCAGUGGCAUUUAACAAACUUCAUUUCUUAAAAAGUCUUAAGAAGCAAAGGCACGGGACGCGGGACCUUCUCGAUACCCUUGAGCCCCUUCCAGAACUGCACGAGCAACCAUAACUAGCAUUUUACUGAACCCCACUGGAGGGGAGGGCUCUUAAGAGGAGCCAAGAGCAAACUUCAGCCGUCUCAGCGGAUCCGUGGUUCCCGCAUUUGGAGGAGCCCCGUGCCAGUAGGAGAAGGACUCACAAGGGACGAGGAGGAACCCCGGGUCUCCUUCGCCCCCUCCCGGAGUCCGAAACAGUGGACUGAGCCGCGCGGCACAGCGGCGGAGGAGGCGAGAAGAUGCGGGGCUCGGGGCCCCAGGGUGCUGGGCGCCGGAGGCCCCCGGGCGGCGGCAACGGCGGCGGCAGCGAUUACCCCAGCACCCCUGCGUCUCUGGCCGGCUGCUACCCCGCACCUCGCAGAGGCCCCCUCUGGACGUGCCUUCUCCUGUGCGCCGCGCUCCGGACCCUCCUGGCCAGCCCCAGCAACGAAGUGAACUUACUGGAUUCACGUACUGUCAUGGGGGAUCUGGGAUGGAUUGCUUUUCCAAAAAAUGGGUGGGAAGAGAUUGGUGAAGUUGAUGAAAAUUAUGCCCCCAUUCACACAUACCAGGUAUGCAAAGUUAUGGAACAGAAUCAGAAUAACUGGCUUUUGACCAGUUGGAUCUCCAAUGAAGGUGCUUCCAGAAUCUUCAUAGAACUCAAGUUUACUCUGCGGGACUGCAACAGCCUUCCAGGAGGACUGGGGACUUGUAAGGAAACUUUUAACAUGUAUUAUUUUGAGUCAGAUGAUGAAAAUGGGAGAAACAUCAAGGAAAACCAGUACAUCAAAAUUGAUACCAUUGCUGCCGAUGAGAGCUUUACAGAACUUGAUCUUGGUGACCGUGUCAUGAAACUGAAUACAGAGGUCAGAGAUGUAGGACCCUUAAGCAAGAAGGGAUUUUAUCUUGCGUUUCAAGAUGUGGGUGCUUGCAUUGCUCUGGUUUCUGUUCGCGUGUACUAUAAAAAAUGCCCUUCUGUGGUACGGCACCUGGCUGUCUUCCCUGACACAAUCACUGGAGCUGAUUCCUCACAGUUGCUUGAAGUGUCAGGCUUUUGUGUCAACAAUUCGGUGACAGAUGAACCGCCCAAAAUGCACUGCAGCGCUGAAGGGGAAUGGCUGGUGCCCAUUGGGAAAUGCAUGUGCAAGGCGGGAUAUGAAGAGAAAAAUGGCACCUGUCAAGUGUGCAGACCUGGGUUCUUCAAAGCCUCACCUCACAGCCAGAGCUGCAGCAAAUGUCCACCUCACAGUUAUACCCAUGAGGAAGCUUCAACCUCUUGUGUCUGUGAAAAGGAUUAUUUCAGGAGGGAGUCUGAUCCACCCACAAUGGCAUGCACAAGACCCCCCUCAGCUCCUCGGAAUGCCAUCUCAAAUGUUAAUGAAACUAGUGUCUUUCUGGAAUGGAUUCCUCCUGCUGACACUGGUGGAAGGAAAGAUGUGUCAUAUUAUAUUGCAUGCAAGAAGUGCAACUCCCAUGCAGGUGUGUGUGAGGAGUGUGGCGGUCAUGUCAGGUACCUCCCCCGGCAAAUCGGCCUGAAAAACACCUCUGUCAUGAUGGUGGAUCUACUCGCUCACACAAACUAUACCUUUGAGAUUGAGGCAGUGAAUGGAGUGUCCGACUUGAGCCCAGGAUUCCGGCAGUAUGUGUCUGUAAAUGUAACCACAAAUCAAGCAGCCCCCUCUCCAGUUACCAAUGUGAAAAAGGGGAAGAUUGCAAAAAACAGCAUAUCUUUGUCUUGGCAAGAGCCAGAUCGCCCCAAUGGAAUCAUCUUGGAGUAUGAAAUCAAAUAUUUUGAAAAGGACCAAGAGACCAGCUACACAAUUAUCAAAUCUAAAGAGACAACUGUUACUGCAGAGGGCCUGAAACCAGCUUCAGUAUAUGUCUUCCAAAUUCGAGCACGCACAGCAGCAGGCUAUGGUAUCUUCAGUCGAAGAUUUGAGUUUGAAACCAUUCCAGUGUCAGUUGCGGCAUCCAGCGAUGAAAGCCAGAUUCCAAUAAUUGCUGUGUCUGUGACAGUGGGAGCCAUUUUGUUGGCAGUGGUUAUCGGCUUUCUCCUCAGUGGAAGUUGCUGCGAAUGUGGCUGUGGGAGGGCUUCUUCCCUGUGCGCUGUUGCCCAUCCAAGCCUAAUAUGGCGGUGUGGCUACAGCAAAGCAAAACAAGAUCCCGAAGAGGAAAAGAUGCAUUUUCAUAAUGGGCACAUUAAACUGCCAGGAGUAAGAACUUAUAUUGAUCCACAUACCUAUGAGGACCCCAAUCAAGCUGUCCAUGAAUUUGCCAAGGAGAUAGAAGCUUCAUGUACCACCAUUGAAAGAGUUAUUGGAGCAGGUGAAUUUGGUGAAGUUUGUAGUGGACGGUUGAAACUGCCUGGAAAAAGAGAAUUACCUGUGGCUAUCAAAACCCUUAAAGUAGGCUAUACUGAAAAGCAACGAAGAGAUUUCCUAGGUGAAGCAAGUAUCAUGGGACAAUUUGAUCAUCCUAACAUCAUCCAUUUAGAAGGUGUUGUAACCAAAAGUAAACCAGUAAUGAUAUUGACAGAAUAUAUGGAGAAUGGCUCUUUAGAUACAUUUUUAAAGAAAAAUGAUGGGCAGUUCACUGUAAUUCAGCUUGUUGGUAUGCUGAGAGGCAUCGCUGCUGGAAUGAGGUACCUUUCUGACAUGGGCUAUGUGCAUAGAGACCUUGCUGCCAGAAACAUCUUAAUCAACAGUAACCUUGUGUGCAAAGUGUCUGACUUUGGACUUUCCAGGGUACUGGAAGAUGAUCCUGAGGCAGCCUACACCACGAGGGGAGGCAAGAUUCCAAUCAGAUGGACUGCCCCAGAAGCAAUAGCUUUUCGAAAGUUUACCUCUGCCAGUGAUGUCUGGAGCUACGGAAUAGUGAUGUGGGAGGUUGUGUCUUAUGGCGAAAGACCCUAUUGGGAAAUGACCAAUCAAGAUGUAAUUAAAGCAGUAGAAGAAGGUUACCGUCUGCCAAGCCCCAUGGACUGUCCUGCUGCUCUCUAUCAAUUAAUGCUAGAUUGCUGGCAGAAAGAUCGAAAUAGCCGGCCCAAGUUUGAGGAAAUAGUCAGCAUGUUGGAUAAGCUGAUACGUAACCCAAGUAGCUUGAAGACACUGGUUAACGCAUCAAGCAGAGUAUCUAAUUUAUUGUCAGAACAUGGACCACUGGGAUGUGGGGCAUACAGAUCAGUAGGUGAAUGGCUAGAAGCAAUCAAAAUGGGCCGGUAUACAGAGAUUUUCAUGGAAAAUGGAUACAGUUCAAUGGACGCUGUGGCUCAGGUGACCUUGGAGUGAGUAAUUUUUCUGAUAAUUUUUACAUAAAUGUUGGGGCAAGAAAAAUUGUUCAGCAACCAAUCUGGAUGGGGGCAAGGGGAUCAAUUAACCUUUGUCUAUGUGCAGUAGCUUUCAAAGAAGCCUCGUCUUUUUUUUAGCCUGUAUUGUUAACAACUGCAUGGUUAAUGCUACUUGUUGCCAAUAUAUUUGCUUCAAAAAAAUAGCAUUUGAGCAUUUGAAUAAUUGGAGUAGCAGCUCCUUGGCAAAGUACUGGUAUUUCGUGUUGUGGAAGAUGUUUUCUUGACAAAAUUUGAAUAUUGGUACCUGUGUUAUAUGAAUGUAAAUACAAAACAAAACAAACUGUAAGCACAAUUGGUGUGGCUAGGCCUAUAUAACUACAAAACAUGUUCUUAAAUUUCGGCUGUCUGUGAAGAAUAUCCAGGUAACAGCAGCUUAAACAAAGCUCAUGAAGGCAGGAAUCUCAUUUCAUCUCUAAGUGGUGCACCUUAUAUCCUUGCAGUACAAGGGUAUAUUUGAUCCUGCCUCAGAUUUGUUUUUAGUGCAAUCUCAGUGGAACCAAUUGUGCCCUUUUCUGUUUGCACGUUUAAGAUAAAAUCUGUCAAAUUUUAUUCAAUAAAAAUCACUAGAGUUAAGUAUCAAAUUCUUUAAGAUUGUCAGUUGUUUGUAUUUUAUUAUAUACUCUGUAUGUGUAAUUAUUUUAGCCUAGGAUUUAUUUGUGAAAAUUAACUGUCUCCAUGGUAGUUUCAUCUAGACUAUGUUAAUGUUAAUAAUAUUUUAACCUGUGAAUUUAAUAUCUUACUUCAAAUUAACUACAAAUUCAAAGGUUAGAAUAUUAUAAGUAUUAGAACAUGGUAGAAUAUUCUAAAGUGCUAAACCACAGUCUUUAUUUCAUUACUUCACAUAAUAUGCACAUUGAGCGGUUCUCUUUCACAAUGUCUAUUGCUACAGUGUUCUUUGAUUCAGUGAAUUCACUGUCCACCCCCACAAAAGGGAACAGGGUACCACCAUUUAUCACCAGUUAAUGUCACAUCCUCAGCAUUUUUUCUUCCUUAACACCUAUAACUAAAAGGACCUAAACUCAUCACUCAGCUUGCUCUCUUAAUUUAUGGAAUUCCAUUCUCACCAUCACCACCAAUUCACCUACUUAAUCACAAAUAUGCUUUGACUAUUAUUUCCUUGGACACAAAGGACUCAUUUAUGCUAUAUUUAAAAUAGUAAACUGAACAAUUUACUGAUAAUUUAAAACUAUUUUUACGAUUGCUAUUUAAUUUUUCAGUAAAAUGGUCAUUUUAAUUUAUUAAAUUCAUUUGUCAUUUUAUAUUAAAAUGAUACUGUAGGUAUUUCUUCUACCCAAUGUCAGAUUACUUGUAAUAUAUAUAAUAAAAUUAUUUGCAUUAAA